AUGAAGAGCUGGAAACACAGAGCUGGAGAUGAAGAGCUGGAGAUGAAGAGCUGGAAACACAGAGCUGGAAACACAGAGCUGGAGAUGAAGCACCGGCGCAGCGGCCAGCAGCAGAAGAGCCUCAGCUUUACUCACUCAUCUGAUCCGCUUUGGCACUUUCCUCUCAUCCAGGAGCGGAGUUUAAACCCUACAACAACACACGAGUCUCUCAUUAGCUCCACUGCUUGUUUACGUGUGAGUGACUCAGUGACCAGCGACUGGGAUUUAGAACGUCGUUUCAGUGUGGAACAUACGAGCUGUUUACACACGCAGCAAUAUCCGACGUGUCCGAAGUCAGCAAAAAGGGAGAACCGCUCGGAGAUUCUCUGCAGGCUGGUGUUGGAAAUCCCCCACCCGCACCGGAGCUCCUCCUCUGCGCACGAGGAGAUUAAACACUCCUCCACCCGAGCGGAUCGGCUCAGAUCAGCUCACACUUCACUUCACACAUACACACACACAUACACACACACUCUCUCUCACACACACUCUAUUAACACGGCUCUUUAUCGGAACAUCACCAGCACGAGCCCGAUGGAUUACGGUUCGGAAGGGCGCGCGCACAAAGCGGGGACGGUGAUAGACGAGCGCCUGGACAGCGGGCUGGACUCCCUGCGCGAGGACGACACGGAGGAUUACUGCAGCGCGCGCGAGGGGCCCGUGACCGCCGAGUUCGCGAGGCUGAGUGUAGACGGAGCGCACGAGGAGCGCUGGAGGACCGAGAUCACGGAAGACGGAGACACGUAUUUGCAUCUGGCUAUCAUUCAUGAGGCCCAAGACAUGGCACUGAAAAUGAUCGAAAUGUCCGUCAGGCACCCGUUCCUGAACAAACAGAACUACCAGAGACAGACGGCGCUGCACUUGGCUGUGAUCACAGAGCAGCCUCUGGUGGUGGAGCGUCUGCUGAAAGCCGGCUGCGACCCCAUGCUGGUGGACAACAACGGCAACACGGCUCUGCACAUCGCCUGCAGGACGGGAUCGCUCACGUGUUUCGGUCUCCUCACGCAAAGCGGCUUGGAGUAUCUGCCGUCCAUCCUGCAGAUGCCCAACUACAGCGGUCAGAAAUGCUUACACGUGGUGGCUGUACACGGUUUCCUCUCACUGGUGGAAAGCCUCAUCUCAUUUGGAGCAGAUAUCAACGAACAGGAGCAGUGUAACGGCAGGACGGCUCUCCACUUAGCCGUGGACCUGCAGAACCUCGAGCUGGUGAAGCUCCUGAUCAGCAAAGGCGCUGACGUGAACAGCUUGACGUACGGCGGCCACUCGGCGUAUCAUCUCACGCACGGACGCCAGAACAUCGACAUCCAGAAAGCGCUGCACGACGUCACGGAUCAGGACCUGCGGGAUCUGCCUGAGAGCGAGAGCGAGGACAGCGAAGAUGAAUACAUCUACGACUACGACGACAACGAGCUGCAGUCCGACGAUGAGUACGAUGACAUUAAAGUGAUGGGGCAGGAGUAGAGAAGUGGUUCAGUGGUUCGGAGAGUUGAAGAUGAUUAAAAAACUUCCGGUCCUGCGAGAGGAGAUGCCGGAUAAAAGGCUACAGGAGGACAUACCGAGAUAAUCGUGACCCUGAGCUGGAGACACGCAGGCGCAAGACCAUGGACGCCAAGAGGAAAUGUUCAAGAAGAAAAGAUCCGAAUCGUAAAUAAACGGGAAAACAGAAGAAGAGAGAAGACGGCAGAUGUGCUGCUUAGGCGUGGCCGAUCCUGGGUUUUAGUAUCGUAAUUAUCUAACAAUGUAUCAUGGUUUACGAUAGUAUCGUGUGGACACGUGUCCCUUCCAAUGUAAAUACGUCCAAAAUGAGGACACUUGGAAGACAACUGGGACGAUGCGGUGCGUUAAAUAUCGCGGUGUAUCGCAUAACUGAUAAUCGGCGCAUGCCUGGUGUCUGGACUGAAGCUCCGCCCCUGCAGUGCUGUUGUAUUAAACUGUAAUAUAUUGUGUAUAGACAGAUUUAUUUUUAUAUGUGUAAAUGUGUAAAGAUAUGGUGUAGCCUGUUUUAUUCUGUUGGAAAUUCCAAAAUUUUCUGCUAAAUUAAAACCCCGUAAUUGCGCA